AUGUCGGGGCAGAGCAUUACGGACCGGAUAACAGCAGCCCAGCACAGCGUAACGGGAUCCGCUGUAUCCAAAACAGUAUGCAAGGCCACCACACACGAAAUAAUGGGCCCGAAGAAGAAGCAUUUGGACUACUUGAUCCACUGCACCAACGAAAUGAACGUGAACAUUCCCCAACUGGCCGACUCGCUGUUUGAGAGGACCACAAACACCAGUUGGGUGGUCGUGUUCAAGUCAUUGAUCACCACGCAUCACCUCAUGGUGUAUGGUAAUGAGCGUUUUGUGCAGUAUCUGGCUUCAAGAAACACAUUAUUCAACCUCAGCAAUUUCUUGGAUAAAAGUGGUUUGCAAGGCUAUGACAUGUCCACGUUUAUCCGGAGGUACAGUCGGUACCUGAAUGAGAAAGCUGUUUCCUACAGACAGGUUGCCUUUGAUUUCACCAAAGUUAAGCGAGGAGUGGACGGUGUCAUGAGGACCAUGAAUACAGAGAAGCUGCUGAAGACCAUCCCUAUUAUUCAAAACCAGAUGGACGCCCUCCUAGAUUUCAAUGUCAAUGCCAACGAGCUGACUAAUGGAGUCAUCAAUGCAGCCUUCAUGCUCCUCUUCAAAGACUCCAUCAGACUUUUUGCUGCCUAUAAUGAAGGCAUCAUCAACCUGCUUGAGAAAUACUUUGAUAUGAAGAAAACCCAGUGUAAAGAAGGGCUGGACAUCUACAAAAAGUUCCUCACCCGAAUGACCCGGAUAUCAGAGUUCCUCAAAGUAGCUGAGCAGGUGGGCAUUGACCGGGGAGACAUUCCAGACCUUUCGCAGUUCACAGUCUGUGCUCCCAGCAGCCUCCUGGAAGCUCUGGAGCAGCACUUGGCUUCUCUAGAGGGCAAGAAGGUGAAAGACUCCACGGCAGCCAGCAGGGCCAGCACUCUGUCCAAUGCAGUGUCGUCACUAGCGAGCACAGGAAUGUCUUUCACCAAAGUGGACGAGCGAGAGAAGCAAGCUGCGCUGGAAGAAGAGCAGGCCCGACUCAAAGCGCUAAAGGAACAGAGACUCAAGGAGCUCUCCAAGAGGCCCUCCUUCGCCACCACGGAUACGUCGCCCGUCUCUACCACAGGAGGAACUAUUAACACGGCUCCAGCUAUCGAUCUCUUCUCUACACCGAGCUGCUCCAACGGUGCGGUGAAAAUGGAGAGCGAUCUUUUUGACCUCCAGUCAACGUUCCAGCCACCCAUGCAGUCCGCCUCGUCGGGGCUCCCUGUGGCGACAGCGUGGGCAGACUCCUUCUGUGGCCCAGUGUCCAUUGCCCAGCACCUCCCACACCAGGCUCCCUUCCCCACAGAGCCCUCUACUGUAGCAGGUCUAUUCAGAGGAUACUCAGCGCCUCAGCCCCCUUCCCAGCCACCUGCAGGAGGUCUACAAGUGGACUUUGAGUCUGUGUUUGGAGCCAAAGCUUCAGGCAGCAACAGCCUCAAUGCUGACGAUAUCACAGGAGGGAUCUUGAAACCGACUCUAGCUGGUUCCAACCUGUCUUCCAAUCAGCAACCAGAGAAAUUGGUGUCUGACGACCUUGACUCUUCCCUCGCCAACCUUGUCGGCAACCUUGGCAUCGGAAAUGGCACCAUGAAAAACGACAUCCACUGGAGUCAGCCUGGUGAGAAGAGGAUGACAGGUGGUACCAACUGGCAGCCGAAAGCAGCCCCAACGACAACCUGGAACCCUGUCUCUAUGCCACAGUCAAUCAUGGCCUUUCCAGCUACUACGCCCACAGGCAUGAUGGGCUAUGGCAUGCCUCCACAAAUGGGCUCCAUGGGCAUGAUGAAUCCGCCCGCCAUGAUGUACGGCCAGCCUGUUAUGAGGCCGCCCAACCCUUUUGGCUCAGUGUCCAGCACUCAGCCCUCGGCAGCCUCUAGUCCUUCCAGCCAGAGUCCUCUCCGAGCCCCUGGACAGGACCCGUUUGCACACCUCUCUCUCAAGGAUUUCUUGUAG